GAGUAUUGUUUUGACAUUUCUCCUAACUUCAAUUGCAAGUCAAAUCUAGAAUUCCUCGCCGUCCGAAGUAAAAUUCUAUCAUCUGCUCCUUUUUCUCAUUAAAUUUAUUAGAAUAACUAAAUAAAUAAUGGCCGCAAAAGUUGCAAAUCUUCAAGCUGACGAUGUCCACAUCUCAUUUGAGGACCAACAAAAAAUUAAUCGCUUUGCAAAGCACAAUGCCCGAAUGGAUGACCUUAAAGCCGAGCUGGAACAAAGAAAUUGCGAAUUAAAGAAUCUGGAAGAGGCUUGCGAAGAAAUUGAGUUGUUUGAUGAAGACGAAAUGAUUCCAUUUUUAUUCGGAGAAGUCUUCUUAACACAAAAUCUCUCGAAAACCCAGGAACUUCUCGCUGAGGCUAAAGAGAAGAUCCAAUUAGAAGUCAAAAACAUCGAGAAACAAACCAAUGCAAUCAAAGCGGAAAUGGCCGAACUGAAAGCCCAUUUAUACCAGAGAUUCGGAAGCAACAUUUCCCUGGAGAGCGAUGAUUAGAUCUUUGCUUUUCUUGGACCAAGAGGAAUUAAUCGCAGAUCAUUCUUAUGACAUUUAAUACACACGUUAUAUUUAUUGGGAAUUUUUAAGAAUAAUAUUCAUUAACCAAAAUAAAAUUUAAAAAAAAAACAAACGCUUAGAA